AUGAACAACACCCUCGCCAAUGCACAAAUCACCGCAGACUUCUCUCACAACCCCGUCAAACCAAGCACCAAACCAAAACCAUCCACCUCCAGUAUCACCAGUCCCAACAACACCACCGCCAACGCCAGCGAGAACACCUCUGAGUCACGCCAUAGCCAAAAUCGUCGACGCUCCUCUACCUCUUCAGAGGGAUACAUCGGUCGCGUUGGAUUCGAUACCCUCGGAUGCGACACUUCUGAAUAUUCCUUUACACUCCAGGCAAAGACGGACCAUUGGAAGAGGACCAAGAAGGGCAGGACGUUCUUGGUCGGCACGGAUUUGAACGAUUAUUCUGCACACGCCCUGCAGUGGGUUAUGGAGAAUAUGGUCGAGGAUGGUGACGAGAUCGUUGCUCUGAGAGUCGUACCCAUGGAGCUCCGGGAUUCUUUGUCGAAAACGGGGAUUCCGUCGUUUCAGGGCCAGGAAUCUGCGGCACGCUCAGAGGCGAAUAAGAUCAUGAGCUCGGUCCGCGAGAAGAAUGUCUCGGGCAGGGAAAUCAGCAUCGUCGUCGAGUGCAUUGUCGGAAACGUCCGUGAUACUAUUCAGCACAUGAUUAAAUUGUACCAACCAGACAUGCUAGUCGUCGGAACCAGGGGCCGCAGUCCAGUCAAAGGCUUUUUGCUCGGUUCCGUAUCCCGGUACUGUCUACACCACUCCCCGGUCCCUGUGAUCGUCGUCCGGCCCGAACGUAAGCUCAAUAAAUCA